AUUGCAUCGCAGUCUACUACGACCUUGACUUUGGGCGGUGAUAGCGCCGCCGCCUGAGAAUCGACGUUCACGGAAAAUAACUUGUAAAUAUUUGCCACUUUCCAGAACAGCUCUCGGCACGACCGCUCUUUCCGUGUUUACAGUAGGAAAUGUAAAUUAAAACGCGCUCACGUUCUGGACACCAUGGCCAAAUUGAUGGAAUAUAAUCGAGGUGGAGGAAAGCGGUGAUCAGUUCCGAUUGUGACUUCGUUGCGGAAACAUUUGAAGAGUUGUUUUGUUCGAAUUUGAGAUGCGAAAGAUUUUGGCGGUGAUCUUGGUUGGGUUGCUCGUGAGGAGAUCGCUUGGACGGACAGUUGGAGAAGAUUCCGUACAUAGGUACGAUGUAAUUUUCGGUACCAAAAACGAGCUUCUGUGUGACGAACCUUCAGCCGAGAUUCGAACCGAGUGGAGACGAACUGAUGGGAGUGAUCUUCCCUCUGGAUCUAGCCAACACAAUGGUUUACUGACGAUCGAGCCAACCGGGUACGAUGCGGAAGGCCACUACGAAUGUGUCGCCCAUGCCUCGGGAAGUACCACUCAAACCGUAGUAGUGAGAGUCGUUCUUAAGGUGAUCGUUCCACCGAGGAUCACGUUCAGCUUGAGUCCUCCGAUGUCGAAGGUUCGACCCGGUGACAAAGUGGCCAUUAUGUGUAACGUCAGUGGAGAUCAGCCGUUCCUGGUGUCGUGGCACAAGGCAAAUUCGGAGAGUUUACCCGCUCGGGUGACGGUCAACGGGCAGUACUUGGAGUUUCCUUGGAUUUCCAAAGAAGACGAAGGACGGUACAUUUGUCGAGCUUCGAACAGGGCAGGGAAUGCGACGAGGACGGCGGAGAUUAGGUUUAGGAGUAAGAUUUAGAUGUUUACAAUAAAUUGUACAGUGAGAUUAA